CUCUCUCUCUCUCUCUCUCUCUCAUAAAUCGCACACUCGUAUUCCUCAUUCUUACACGAAUUUCACAGUACGCAGGGAAGUCUUCCGUUUCAUCUCCUCAUGUCCCUUCCUCCGCCACCUGACCUAUCUAUUUUCUCGACUUCGUCCUCCUCUUCUCCGUGGGUGGAGACAAAGUGAUAGCAGGGGACCAGUCAUACUCGCCGUCGGAGGCGGGGUCCCUCCAUGACACGAUGAGCGAUCGCGCCGGAGGAUCGCUUCUUCUUAGACGGGUAGUAACAUUCGGAGAGGAUAGAAGAGUGAGCAAAAGACAGGGGAGGAAGGGAAGAGACGCCAAUGUGUGCCGAUAUCAAUUGUGACGUACGAGCUAUAAACGAGAAGAACGCUCGAGUUAGGUUUUCACUCGAGUUUUGCGUUUAAAUUUUCACUUCACCGCCAUUCUUCUCGCCGAUUCUUCGCCUUUUCGAUUGCCGUCCGGAUCUGUUUUCAUUGUUUUCGUUUCGGUGAUCUCGAUCUACGCGGCCUCCCGCGCCGCUCGAUCGAACCGACGAACCGAUCGAAUCGCGCAUCAUUCGUCGCGUAUCGCAAACACGUGCGUCGUGCCCACGGUACGUGGCCCACGCGCAUUGGCGUAUCCGGAUGGUGAACGGUGGAUGGGUGCCGACAAUCGCGGCGGCUCAGUGCUUCGUAUCUGGCAACAGGCCGGGACCAAGCGGCCCGUGUCAGUUCGCGCGCGAGGACGCUUCGACGUUGUCCGAUGUCCUGAAACGAACGCGGUGAACGCGGGCGGAGACGGUAUGCGCGGUGCGGCGACGGGGCCGCAACCGGCGCCGGCGCCGACGUCGACGCUGCAGCGGGCGUCCCAGUGCGUUGUCACAACGGCGCAGACGGGUUACUACCUCGUGCACGGCAGCAAUGGUAUUCAGGGGGGCAACGACGGCACCGGUGUCGUCGGCGCGGUGGCGCACGGUGCCGACGGCAAUUCCGGCAGCAACUCGCCGGUGACGCGCUACGACAGCUUCACGCCACCCGCGUCACAUCUGAUGGAUCUGAGCGGACCGCCGAGUCAGCAGCAACUGCAACAAUCGCACCGCCUGUCGCUCGACUAUCAACAGAUGCACAAUCAGAUCGCGGUCGGGUUUCCCGAGAUGUCUCAUUUACUUUACAAGGAGCAGCCACGGUACCACCACCAUCCCCACCAUCAUCCCCAGCAACCUCAGGAUCCUCAUCUAGACGCUAAGAUGAUACGGGAUUUUCCGUUGGAGUACGAUCGGCGGCUCCAGUCGACCGACAACUCGCCCGAGUUCCUAUCGGAUUAUAGCAGAGACCACGAGCAGCAGAAUCUGUGUCUGACACCGUCCUCACAGAGCGUGUACUCGCCCACCGGCUGCGGUGCCGACGAGCUCGCUACUCCCGGCUCCGGCCAGUCGGUCCAGGGCCACGGGACUUACCAUCACGUGGAAGUGACGGAGUACAAGCCGAAUGUGAUCGAAAACGGUAUAAUCGACCAUGUCGCGGGGUACGACUGCAAGCAAGCCGUUGAGCUCAGUCACGUGACCGAACCGUCGUCGUCGACGACGGUGAAGGGUUACGACAACGUGGAGGGCGGUCACGUUAGGACGAGCGUCAAGAGGAAAAGGCGGCAUAGCGGCAACAACAACAGCAACAGCAGCAGCAGCAACGGCUGCUGCAACAGCAACACCGAGUCCGACGGCGAGGCCACGGCGGCCUCGAGCACAAGGACGAAGAUUCGCCGUAAGAACGAUCAGGAACUUCAAAAUCAGAGGGCAAUGGCGAACGUUCGAGAGCGUCAACGUACGCAAAGUUUAAAUGAGGCGUUCUCGGCGCUCAGAAGAAUCAUACCGACCUUGCCGAGCGACAAGCUCAGCAAAAUCCAGACCCUCAAGCUGGCCGCCAGAUACAUCGACUUUCUGUUCCACGUGCUCAAGACCAGCACGGAUAACGUCGAGUGCAGCGAGAACUCAGAGAGGAGCACCCGGAGUGCGCUUUUGGCUGCGAGAGAGAUCGCGUCGUCGCCGAGUAAUUACAUGGCGCACGAAAAGCUGUCGUACGCAUUCAGCGUAUGGAGGAUGGAAGGCGAUUGGAACUCCAGCACGGACUAGGAUAUAACGUUAGGAUAAAAUUACAUUUAAAUUUAAUAAGGUAAGAUGGCGAGAGACUACAAACAGACUCGUAAUCUAAUUCGAGAGUAUUUUGCUCGAAAGAAAAGAUGUACACAUACGCAC